AUGGAGUUCCCCCUUGGACUGACAGAAGAAGAUACUCCUCAUUCAGAUCCGAUCUGCCGGAAUACCAAGCGGGUGAUGUCAAAACUCUUAGGCGAGAGAGAAGCGGAAUGGGCAGCCGUUACCAAGAGUGCUCCGCUCAAUUUACUAGAUCUACCAGUGGACGUUCUGAAGGUGAUCAUCCGAGAAGUAAGCUAUUGUAUUCUGUCAUUAGGCGUCGCUAAAGUCUUUCAAAAGGUAACGCAUACGAACGAUCUGACUUCCCUUGCACUCUCUCACUCGGCUCUGCAUGCUCUCGCAAUACCUCAGAUAUAUUCGAGAUUCGAUAUCGUGUGGCCAGACGGUCACACGACCACUGACAAUCGGACAGGAGUCGAUGCUUUGACAUAUGGCCUGGCAACUCUGGUCAUGGCAAGGGACGUCUUCGGAGAGGCUCCCAAUCAAAAAUAUUCGCAUCAUCACAUUCACAGAUGCAGUCAGUGCGGACGCCUCGAUCAGUGCCCUCAUCCUGCCAGGCCGGCCUCGAGAUGGCAGAAAACCAGACGGGGUAACGAUUUCGCACAAUACACUCGCAAAUUCUCAUUGGGCAAUGGACCAGCGGAUUGGGUUCAGGAAUAUCUUAUCACAAAGGAAGGAGGAAAGAUGCUGGGUACACUUGUCGCUCUCGCAGUUGGCCGAAUGAGGAAUUUGGAGACAUUUAUCUGGGAUAUGCCGACAGGCGUCCUCCGUGACGUUUGGCUCGCGCUAGGCUCGUUGGCAGAUCGAGACGAUGGACACGAAUCUCGACUGGAGCGAGUAUGGGUGCGGUGGCAUGACAACUCUGAAGCCAGUUCUCCUCCAGGAAAUCCCACUUUGAUCCCUCACAAUUCCCAAAGCGGCAACCCUCUCGCUCCCACAAGCCUACCAGCGUCACUGUUCCAGAUUCCACCAUAUCCUCGCGUUGAAUUUCCUACUUUUUCAAUUCUAUCACCGCUGAAAAGCCUUAGCGUUCUUGACAUCGAUGAGUUGCCCUACGUGCAGGAGAUGAGCAUUCUCAUUGAGCGGUCAUUCCUUCGGUUGCGUGAGCUGAGGGUUGGCCUCGCUCAGCACGCCCAAUACGAUACUUGGGCAAGUCUUCCAGAGGACAAGAUCCAUGUAGGGCCGCCAACAACAGAUAAUGCAUCUUCCUCUCCAGGCGGAUUACUGGGGAUUCUGCUGGGAGGACUGAAUGAAACCUUCAGUGGAAAUUCUAUCGUCGACUCCAUCGAAACCACCAAUGAGGAUGCUCGAACCACAAACGAGACAAGACCAUUGCAAACCACCUCAUCCCAAUCUACAGGCAUCCCAUCUAAAGGUCUAGACUUCGCUAGCAAAGUGCAGGAAACGCAUGAUCCGUCCAUAUUCCAAAAUAUAUCAACCAUCAAAGAGACUCUUGAAAAUUCUAGCACACCUGUCGUCAACUUUGACAUCAAGAUGCAAGAGCUCACAGACUCGCUUGCCAGCCAGAGUAUCCUCGACUCAUCAAAGCGGGAUUGUAAUGCUGAAUCAAGUCGAAAAGCUUCAUUGUCACCUCUCAAGCUGAAAUUGGAUGUCCUUGAGCUUGAACGGGUUUCAAUUUCGAUUCCAGUACUUUCAAGAUCAAUAGAAUGGACUGGUCUAACAUCGCUUACCAUCUUAGGGUGCCGUCAGCAUGAAAAGCUAUGGGGAGCAUUACGUAAAAAGUUCAGUCCGCAGACCGAAUUUGGCAUGCCAACAGCAUCGACCAAAACAUCCUUGAAAUCUCCGAGGACACCCUCUACUCCAAAAUUUGCCUUCCCACCACAAGACUAUCCACUAAAGCUUAAACGCCUGCAUACAGAUUGCGUUUCCUACUCCCUUAUUAACUUCAUCAGAGACACCCUGGCCCCAGACAGUCUAGAAUGGCUGUUCCUUCAAGAAAACAAAAUGUAUCCCUCGAACGUCACCAUCGACCAAAUUUACCGCGGGCCGCUCCGUCGACACCGAGCCAGCCUCAGAAAACUUCUGAUCGGGAGCGGCGACCGCACCGAUGAUGACGGCGCCGUCGCAGCCGGAGGAGGAGGCCCCAGCAGCCGCAACCGGCGCUGGACUCUAAACCGUGAAGUCCUUACUUUUAUCCUCAGUGGCCGCAUGUCGUGUCUCCGCGAACUAGCCGUAGCGAUCGACUACAAAGAUUGGCAUUUCUUCCUUCAACGACUGCCCUGUAUACCCCAUCUCCGUUCCCUGCAUAUCCCACACGUCUCUGAGCAUGUCCAUGGCAGAAAUUUGGACUCGAGGGAGCUGGCCCUGCAGAUAGUGGACGUGGUUGCUCUGAGACCAGAGUUGGAGCUCUGCUAUCUAGGGAUUCAGACGAAAUGCUUUGAGAUCCUGGAGUAUGCGGCGGGCCAUAAACCUUCGGUUUCGGAUCUUGCAUCUGCUUCGCACGGCAGCGGUAUUAAUGGCGGUGGGUCGGAUGAUGAUAGUGACGAUGCUGAUGGGGCACACCAACAUCACCAUACCUCUUCUGACCAUGGUGGUAUUGGCGAGGAUGGGGGUUCGGAAAUUGGUUCCGCAAGGGAGGAGGGCGACUCGGACGUGGAUGAUGACGAGCGGAGUGAGAAUGGUAGAUAUACCCGGAGUAAGAUGGCGAAGGUUUUUAAGUUGAGGGAGAUUUUGUUUUAUGAUGAUAAGGUGUCGAUUUUUAGGGCUAGGCAUGGGAGAUUGUGA